AUGGACGAAAAUACAAAGAACGCUUCCACUUUGAUUUGCCAUGGCGAGCAAAAAUCCCAUCCGAAAGUAUUCCAACCAUCAAACCAAUGGCAGGUGAUUCACCACGACCAGGAAAUUCCUAAGGGCAUCCAUGUCAAGAUUGAUAUAAACACUGGGGUAAAGGAGGGAAAGUUGAUAGAUGAAAAAGACGAUGUUUCGAAUAACGAACAGAAAUCACAUUUGUCGGUGGUGCAGGAUCUGGAACUUGACCCAUCCAUUGAUGACACUGAGGAAUUGUUGCUGGAUGAAGCUGAUAGUGAUUAUGAUAAUAAAUCAUACUCUUUAAUGAAAGAUUUUAUUGAAAACAUGAAGUUUAAUGCUGAGGAUCAAAAUAGUUUGGAACUCGCAAUUUCUACUCUUACUGAUUGUCAAUUUAUUGACAAUGAAUCAGUCAGUAAGGCCUUAUCAACUCUUAGAGAUUUAUCUUACGAUUUGAUUUAUGGUGAAAAAAUCACUGGAAACAAAAAAUUGAUCCAAAGCCUCCAGAAUUUAAUUGAAAAGAGUGAUCAUGUCGAUGAAAAAUCUACAUAUCAGAAGAAAGAAAGUUGUUUAAGAAUAAUUUCCAGCUCAGUGAGAAAUAAUCCCAAAGCAGCCAAUAAUCUAUUGAGUAACUAUAAAGAUAUAGUGCCUUACCUAAUAUCACAACUAAAAGAUACGGUUGGUAUGAAAUCCGAUAAAGUAACUGAUGCGACUUUAUCUGUAAUUGGUUCAUUAAUUUCUACUAAAACGUUUUUAAUUGAGUUCAGGAAACUCAGGGGUUUAGAAAUAAUCAAAGAUAUAUUUGUAAAUGAAUUUCAUGAAAAAAUAUUGGACGUUUUCUUAGAUCUAUCGAGAGUUGAUUCUAUAGAUGAGGAAUUGAAACAUUUUCAAGCUGAUAUAUAUAGAAUUUUAGAAAAACAAAUAGUUGAAAUUGAUGAUGAAAAUAAUAUCAAAAAAUUGCUCUAUGUGAUGAUAGAAAUUAAAAAAGAGUUGAAAAGUGCAAUCAAGGUCGAUUUUGCUUUCAUAAAAUGGCUAGAUAAUAAAUUGGAAAAUGAAAAUACUAUCAAAAACAGAGAUUUUAUUUGGUAA